AAGAGAGCACUGGCCCUCUGCUCAGCGCAUCACUGCGUCGCUGGCAGGGCUUGGUGGCCCCGUGUGAACCAAGGGACAACUUUUAACUGCACCACUGGGAGUGCACUUGCUGGGACUUUGACUCGCCUCGGCUUUCCAGAGUCCCGUGGAGGGGGGUGGGGGCGAGUCUUGAUCACCAGUCACAAAGCCUGCUACGGACCUGGAAAAGAGAAACUUGGGUGGUGCAAAGGUUGAGAGCUAAAGGGCAGGAGAGGACAGAGGAGCAACCGAAGCGGGGGAAACAAGAAAAAAGAAAAGAAGAAAAAGAAAAGGAAGAAGCAGCUGGGGCGAACCCCUUGAGCUUAAGAGGGAGGAUUCCACCAUCGCGGAAAAUCGGGCGAAAGCGCAAAGGUGCUGAACACCAAGCGAAGCCGGCAGAGCGAUCUGCAGGGCUGGGUCUAACAGCACCUUGGGUCACGCCUCCUUGGCGAGAAGGCGCCUGGCCUUUGAUUGCUUCCAGGGACUGCAGAACUUCCUGCCCGCCAGAGGAGCGGGUCUCACUGGGGUCGCGUUUGCUCUGGGCUUAAGGCUUGAGACUGAGUUCUAAAGAGUCCGGAGUGUCUGCUCCAGGAAGGGUUGGGGGAACUGUGUCUGUGAGGAGCCCACGCACCCCACGUGAGGGAUUGAGUGUCGGCGUCCUCACUCUCCUGGCAUUCCCAUCUUUUCAGGGCUCCACCCAACUCCUGGGAACCCCUCACCCGGAGAUGGCCACGCUGAUGCGGGUCAAGGAUUCAUCCCGCUGCCUUCUCCUACUGGCCGCGGUGCUGAUGGUGGAGAGCUCACAGCUAGGCAGCUCGCGGGCCAAGCUCAACUCCAUCAAGUCCUCUCUAGGAGGGGAGACUCCUGCUCAGGCUGCCAACCGAUCUGCGGGCAUGAACCAAGGACUGGCUUUCGGCGGCAGUAAGAAGGGCAAAAGCCUGGGGCAGGCCUACCCUUGCAGCAGUGAUAAGGAAUGCGAAGUUGGAAGAUACUGCCACAGUCCCCACCAAGGAUCAUCAGCCUGCAUGGUCUGUCGGAGGAAAAAGAAGCGAUGCCAUAGAGAUGGGAUGUGUUGCCCUGGUACCCGCUGCAAUAAUGGCAUCUGCAUCCCAGUCACCGAGAGCAUCCUGACCCCACAUAUCCCAGCUCUGGAUGGCACUCGGCAUAGAGAUCGCAACCAUGGUCACUAUUCCAACCAUGACCUGGGAUGGCAGAAUCUAGGAAGGCCACACUCCAAGAUGCCUCAUAUAAAAGGACAUGAAGGAGACCCUUGCCUGCGGUCAUCAGACUGCAUUGAUGGGUUUUGUUGUGCUCGCCACUUCUGGACCAAAAUCUGCAAACCAGUGCUCCAUCAGGGGGAAGUCUGUACCAAACAACGCAAGAAAGGUUCGCAUGGGCUGGAGAUUUUCCAGAGGUGUGACUGUGCAAAGGGCCUGUCCUGCAAAGUGUGGAAAGAUGCCACCUACUCUUCCAAAGCCAGACUCCAUGUAUGCCAGAAGAUCUGAUAAACACUGGGAAGAGUCAUCACUAGCAGACUGUGAAUUUGUGUAUUUAAUGCAUUAUGGCAUGAUGGAAAACCUGGACUGGAAUGCAGAAGAAUGAGGAAUGUGGUUAAAAAAAUGUGGAGCAGAAGAGCGCAGGACUGAAUUAAGUAGAGACAGUGACAACCAAAGCACGACCAGUGUUUCCAUGAUGCACCUUGUUUAUGUAAAUAAUGUACACAUUUGUGAAAAUGCUAUUAUUAAAAGAAAGCACACCAUGGAAAUUACUGACGAAUGCCAUGUGAUUUUCUAAGAGUUUGGCUUGAGCUGGAGCGGACAUUUCUUUCAGAUUGGCAAUGGCUAUAAAAAUAACUUAAAGCCACAUUUCUACUCAAAGUCAUAGUUUAAUAAUUUACUCUCACUUUCCUUUGACAUAAGAGAAUCUGUAAAACACAGGGAAAGCUAAUGAACAGAAAAUGAAAAUAUUCAGCAUUAUUAAUCAGAUCACAAAAAUCACUUUUUAAUUGGGAAACUGUUCUUUGAUUUUUCUUAAAUAAAGGCUUUGGGAUACAAGAGGAAAAGACAGUCAGUAUUUUCUAAAUCACUUCAAAAUACUGGUAUAUCAUCUAGACAGACAUUAGAAAGGGUCAACAACCAGUAGUUGUGGCUAACUGGUUAAGGCGAUGGACUAGAAAUGGGUAAAUGUGUCUCUUUAGACCAUUCAUUUCUGUUUCUAAAACUUAAUUUCACCUGGACUAUUAAAGAUAGAUGUAAGACAAAAGCAGAUUCUGCAUUGUGAAGGAAUGGCAUUGCUAAUGUGGUGCCUGCUCAGGCUGGAGCCACUAGUGAGGUCUAGUGCAAUAUAAGCACAGGGCAGAAGUUUCACAGAUUACGAAGCCAUUAAAGAUGUCUGACUCAUAGGGGGAACGGAAUAAUGGAGUGAGCACUGUUUGUCACCACUUUGACAUGCCCUACAUGUGAUAGACUGAUAAAUAUGUUUAUACUUGCAUAGCUGGGGACCAGUAGGGUGAUACAGACACUAGAGACUUGAGCGAUAUCUGUACUAUGUGGAGCACAGCAGGGAAGUAGAGGGAACCUUGUUAUUUGUCCAGGCUUUAAGGUCACAUGUCUGAAGACCAGGAUGAAUUGUUAUGACUGCCAUCAGAGGCUCCAGAAGCAAAGCUGAAGCUCUCCAAGAGAGUUGCUCUCAGGCAAUUGUGCUUGGUACAAUGUAGCUUGCCCUCCCCAAAAUAACCAAAAAUAUUUCAUGGUUUUGAGACUAUAAAAUAAUCUCAAUAUGAAUAGAGUCUUACAGAGUAGGGUCCCUUAAGCCAGGUGAUGUAAGAGGAACCAAUCUCCUCCCUCGGCUUCAGAGUGAUGACAUCAGAUGAUGUCAUUCAUUGCCAAAGACAUAGUUCCUAUUUUCUGAAACUAUUGAAAGUUAAAACGUAAUAGCAUAUCUCUAAUCUGUCAAAAUUCCCUGAAACCAUUUCACUAUUUUCUGAUUCAGCACAUUUCUGAAUACUACAUCUAGAGCAUAAAAGACAAAAGUAAAAAGAAAGAAAGAGAAAGGAAGAAAAAAGAAAGAAAAGAAGGAAG